UCGGAUCAUGAAAAAACUGAUGAUAAUCAUAAAUCUUUGGAUGAGAAUUGAAGUCGGUUUUGUUUUUUGCUUAAAAAUUACUUGUUUUCAAUUAUAUACGCUGCGGUUUAAAUAAGAAAAGCACUUGCGCCAAAGGAAGAUUUGCCAAGGAAGUCGAAUGACUCUCCAAUAGUUAUGUCCAGCCCGCGUAGGAUGCUUCGAUCCCAAGGAGCGUAUCACCAACGGCAGGAAGCCAUUCUAUAGAAUCUUCUAAAACCAAACUUCCGUCGACAAUGUGUCAAAAAUAAUAGAAAAAAAAUAAAGUACCCCCACUUAAUUUUUCGUCAAAAUCGGCGCCUAUCUUAAACACAAGUAUAUAUGCAGUAAAUAUUUAUUUAGUGCAUACUCUUAUGUAUCUUUGAAGCACUUCUUAUUUACACUCUGCGAUGAAGUAUCUAACACUUGAAGUUGUCAUAUGGUUAGCCAUUUCCCGAAGAAGAACGUUGCCACUUUCUCUACAUCCCUCAAUUUGGUUUAAAAAGCCGCGAACCGCUGGUCAAAUUAUCAGUUUUACUUGCGCCUACAUCAAGUGAAAAUCCAAAACCAUGAAAACUACCGGAAUCAUUUUUGUGACGCUCUGUAGCAUCUUAGUGCUGCGCGGAACUGCAGCUCAUCCUGAGGGCAACAAGGACAUCACCAUCGAUGCAGCCAUUCAAUCCAGUGCGCACAUUGAAAUUCCCGAGUCAGUUGCAGAGGAGUUGCUUAAGGCAGUGGUAGAAGCCUUCAACAAUAUGAAAAUCUCUGGAGAAUCCAGCGUUCAAAGUCACGUUUCCAUACCCGAAGAGAAACCUAAACUGCAAAGCCGCAGCCAACUCGCUACCUGUGAUUUGAUGGAUGCCACUGGUUGGUCCAAGACUUUAUGCGCUGCUCAUUGUAUUCUGUUGGGACACCGCGGUGGCUACUGCAACGGAAGGUCUAUCUGCGUAUGCCGCGAUUAAAUACAGUUGAGCGCCGGAUGUGUUGAAAACAAAAAUAUU